AUGGCGGAUCCAUUUCUGGGCAUCUUCGAUGGAGUCAAUAACGGCUUGGACGAGUUAGGUCUUGGAUCAACGCUCGGCUCAAAUGGAAGCCAAGGAGGACAGAUGCAAGAAAGGCUGCAGCAUUCUGCGUCUUUUGGAGGAUUUCAGGCACAAUCACCGUCAAACUCGAAUCAACCAAAGCUUCAACAUUUCGAUGAACGGUCAUCCGCGUCACCAUUUUUACCGCCCUCGCAGAAACUUCAGCACUUUAACGAUCCGUUAUUGUCGUCAUCACCGCAACGAUUUCAUUCUCUGCAGUCGUCUUCCCAACAACAGUUUGGCGAAUUUCGUCCACCAUCGCAGAUAAACAUGUGUUGGCCGCGUGGCCAAACGUCACGAAGCUCUCCUAAUUAUACUGGAUUUUCACAGGCAUCUGAACAAUCACCGUUUCGACAGCCAUUUGGGUAUGGGUUUCCGCGGUCGUCAUCUCCGAGACUUCAACAUUUUGCGAAUCAAUCUCCCAUGAAUUCCUCUCCAGAUAUCUUCCCAUCCGGGGCUUCACAAUCUCCUAGACUUCAGCACCCAAAUCAGUCACCUUCGCUUCCUUAUUCAGGUUCUUCUCCUAAGGGUACAAGCCCUAAGACGAUGGAGUCAAAUCAGCAGCAAAAGCAGAAGCAAAUUAGUCCACAGCAAGCCCUCUUUAGACAUCUUCAAGGUUCAGAAGGGAACCAGCAGCAAGUAGAACUAGGGGGCCAAGGUCGUUUACAGCACUUGGUUUCUGGUAAUACCGUGGAUUUGGAUCAUAAUAAAUCUUCACUUCCUGGAGCAGCUGGGGAUGGAAAUUUCCCUUAUAAUCCUUUUCAAGGUGGACCUAGACCACCCAUGGGUAUGCAUCAAAAUUCUCCCCAGUCAAAUUACAAUUCACAACAGUUUCAAAAUCCACAGUAUGCUGCUUUCAAUGGAGGAGUUUCCAGUGGAGGAGUUUCCAGUGGAGCUGAUCAAGAUAUGUUCAAUCCUGGGAACCAUAAUAAUAUGGUAACUCCUCAACAGCCAGGAUUUACUUUUACUAAUUUACAAAUGUCAGACCCUCAGGACCUGAUGCAGGUAAAGACGUCAGCUAUCUUGCUUCAAAUGCAGCGGAUCCAGCAACAAAUUCAACAGAUGCGAGACAUGGGGCAGCCGUCUCAAAUGCAACAGCUGCAAUUUCAGUUCCAACGGCUUUAUCAGAUUUAUGCCAUGCAGCAGCAACAACGUGUGCAACCUAACUUUCAACCUCAAAACUAUGACCAAAUGAGGUUCAUUCAACAGCAAAGGCAACAGGAGAAGGCCAAUAGAAUUGCUGUGGAGGCCAUGGCCAAAGCAGCAUUACAGAAUAGUGAUGGAAGGUCCAUGAUGCCUGGGUUUCCACCAAUGUCAUCAGGCCAGCGAAUGAUGACAAAUCCUUCAGCAGUGAAUACAGGAGCAUUGGAUUUUUCUAGGCACCCUAUGCCAGCAGACCCUAUCAGUCUGGGUCCUUCAAUCGUAUCUAAACCAGCACCAGUACGGAGCUCACAGACCUCAAGGUUCUGUUCUAGGCAUUGUUUAUGAUUAAGUUUUUUUUCCCCUGAUGUCUUCUUUGUUUGUGUUUUGUUUGUGUGUGUGUGUGUGAGCGCGCGCACGCGCAUGUGCAUGUGCGUGUGUGUGUGUAGGUGAAAGUUUCAUCUUUGUAUGAAGUUACAAAUUGUUAGUUUUUGUACAAAGUUACAGUAGAGGUCAUUUGUCUAGGUCAUGCAAGGAUUAAACUCAAACUUUUGCCAAUAAUGUGAUUACCACAAUGAUAUUAAAACCACCUCUUAUGUCUCAGCCAAUAUUUGAUCGGUGCCCUCUGAGAAUGCACUGAGAUUACACAGAUGGCACCUUCAAUUCUUGACUUCACCAUUGAAACACUUUUUUGUAACAAGCCUGAAUUGAAUUGUCUUUCAUAUAUUAUCGCAGGCCCCCAGCCACUGUGUUGGCAAAACCAGCACCUGUACGAAGUAGGAAAGAUUCAUCUGAUGCCGAACCUUCGCCUCCCAAUUCUCCAAGUUAUUUAGAAGAAGAUCAUGCCUCCAACAUCACUGUAAGUCAAACCUGAUCAAGAUUGAGGUGGAAUUUUUAGGCAUUUUUGAAAUUUGGUCUUUGCUUAAGAUUUCCAAAUUUUGUAACGUCUGGUAAUUGAUUUUACUGACUUGACUUUGGGACUAUUUUCAGCGACGAUCACUCAGAGAACGUAAGAAGAAGACUUACAAGGAUGACUUUGAUUACAACUUAUCCGAAGAGGAGGGAGAGAAAGAGACUGCUGAAGGUGGAGUGCCAGCAACAUUUCCAGGUGAUAGCACUGGUCAAGCCCAUGUACCAGUGGGACCCGAAGUGGAAGAGACAACUACAGUUGAAAAGAUAUUGGCCAUGAGAACAAAACAGGUAAGACAUCUCUGACUUAUUCACUGAUAGAAAAUAAUUGUCAAAUACUGUAAAGCAAAAAUUUGAUUUUUAAAAACUUUUUUAGGGUUUUAUUUAAAGAUUGGAAUAUUCUCUUUGCAGGAUGAAGAAUUUGGAAGUUAUGAAGAAUUCUUAGUGAAGUUCAAGAACUAGUGAGUUCAAUUUUGGUGUUGUUGGUGUUGGUUUGUUGGUGAUGCUGAACCAUCAUCUUAUCUUUUCAUUUUGCUGUCCUUCAGCUCUUAUCUUCAUUGUGAAUGGGCAACAGCAGAAAAAUUGGCAAGAGGAGACAAAAGAAUACACAUGAAAAUAAAACGAUACAGAGUUAAGCAGCAAAACUCCAUGGCCUUUUUCAGUGAGGUAUGCAACCAAAUUAUUUUUGUUUUAAAAUAUUUAAGUUGUACUCAGUAGUCUCAGUAGCAGUAUGGGACAAUAGAAUCUUGCUUUAUCAGUAAAUAUGCAUUGUGUUUGCCCACAGCUUGAUGAGGAACCUUUUAAUCCUGAUUAUGUUGAAGUAGACAGAGUACUGGAUAUGUCCACAGGAGUUGAUCAAAACACUGGUGAGGUAAGUCAACUGGAUAAACCGCAAGCAGUAUUUGCAUUUCUUUGUUAACCUGUGUUUACUUAAGUAUUAGGAAUCAAAGUUCAUAGUUGUGUUUUGGUAAGAGGCAUUUGCACAUGUAUAUUUUUUGAAACAAAGUAAAAAUGUUAUCUCAGAGUUCGUCUUGAGUGUAAAACCCAGAAGGUUGAGUGUUUGACAUGUGUGUUUUGGCCAAAUAUUCUGCAAUCAUAGGAAGUAGUGCGUGACGCUGUAUCUAAAAAUAAGCAGAUUGUUUUAUUUAUGCUGUCAUCAUUAUAGUUUAGGGGAUAAACAUACAUUUAUUCACUUGAAGGUCAUUUGUGUGUACUCUAAUCUCUAAUCUCUGUUUGCUUCUAAAAAUAAAAUUAGCGGACUCUUGAGGAAGGAGUUUAUAUAUGUGUUAUCUUAAUGUUUGAUGUGAAUUGAAACACUUGAUAUUGAAGUGCUGAUGGUGACAAUUAUGCGGCACAUGCUGAUAUUCUCACUGUUGUCGAAGGAUAUUGAUGUCUGCGGUAAAAGGGUCAUGUAUCAGUUAUUUAACCAAAAUGGAAUCACUUACACAACUUUGAUAGACCAUGCUUCUCUUUGAAAACUUUAUAAUUGCAUUUCCUUUUCAUUGAGAUUUUUAUUAUUUGAGUCAGACAGACAAAUUGAUAAGGGCUUUGUUCCUUUGAGUUUCAUUCUGUUACUAUUUGUUUCAAAUCUUUAAUUGAUUCGCUGUGUUUAGCUUUUGUCUAUGUGAGGCAGACAUUAGACAAUCAAUUUUAGUGAUAAGCAAUGAAUACCUAGGCCUUUCACAGAUGGUGGUGAUGAUAAAUAAAAUCUUCACAGUUCAGCAUACUUGGAUUUCAAUGUAAUUAUGAAAAUAGGAACUCCUAUCUUCAAAGGUCACAGAUGCGAAACAAGAGUAGGAAAAAUGAUAUGAAUUAUGUUCUUUCAUGUGGACUUUUCUCAGUCUAUAGACCUUGUCAAGUUUUUUUAUGGAUAUUGUUAGGUAACAUUUCAAUUAACUUAAUAUAGAUUGUAUUGCUUCCAAAUGAAAGGAAUGUUGUUUUUUUGGCUUUGCAGUAAGCCAGGUUCACCAUCUAUGUCUAAGAAAUAUGCAAAUUUGACAUGUUCCACCCUUCUUGAACAUGAAUAAUUAAUUCUGCCCUGCUUUUGUUGUAUGAAAUUUAGUAUUUUUUUGGCUCACCAUUGAUAAAUCUUUCCUAUAUUUAGUGGAUAUGUGUUAUGAAGUUAUUGACCAUAUUUUCUCUAUCGUAAAGUAUGAUUAUAUUGUUAACAGAAUGAGAGAAUUUAUAGGGUGUUGUACCCUUGAUUUUGUACACACACAAUGUUUUUGUCUUGGAUGUUUAAUACAUAAAAUGUGCCAUUAGACAGCAGGUUUGCUACAGAAUAUGAUUUGGAUGGACUAUUUAGGGAAUGGUGUAAAUUUUCUCACAUUACCUUGUAUUGAGAAUUUGCCAAGGCUUUUGAACUUGAAUAAGAUCAUUGCAACCACUCUCUUCGUUAAUUGUGAUCUUGGAGUUGAUAUGCGUCUACAGUGACAGUAUGCCCUUGACAUUUUGAUCUGCCAUCUGUGUUUGGAUAUCACUCUGGUGUUACGGCGGUGCUUGAGAGUAAAUAUAUGAUAUAGUUCAAGUAGUACCGUUUCUGAUUGUUUGUCUGGUGAAACAAGGACCAUAACUUUGUCCUGUAAUGUAUAAUCCUGUUUUGCCUUCUGCUAUAAUCAAUCCCAGUGACUCUUGUGAACUAGAAAAAUACUCUUUUGUGUCAUCUCCGAAAUUGCAACUGCGCAUUUCCUGCAGGUGUUUAUACUGUCUGGUGCAUUGCCCGUGGAGGCUUGUUUUGGUGGAUAGAAAAUUGAUGUUAUUUAUAAUGAUGGGAGCUUUGAUAUUGUGUAGUUUAUUUCACUGGGAAGACUUAAUUUGUAUUUUUCUUGUCGUGAAUGUGAUUUGUACACUGUUGUUGAAAUUUCCUUUCAUCGCUGAGUUUGACAAAUCCUCGUCACCAUAGGGUGUGUAAUUUAAUUACACAAAGCUGAUAUAUGCAGACCUUGAUUUGAGAAAUUGCUAACACCAAAUCAUUCAUUGCUGAUUGCGUCUGUAUUUGUUACUUAUUCCAGUGUUUUAAUAGGACAAAUACCCUUUCUUACACAGUUAGCUAGUUUUGAUGCAUAUUGUGGGGAAAAAAUUGUCUGUUUACACUUGCAAAUUUAUCAGAGCAACAGCCUGAAUAACGUUUUGAUAUCUUGGAAUGUCCCUUUUUCCUUCAUUGCUCCCUCUACUUGUAUUUGCCCAUUUUUUUUUUUUUUGUUUCAACCAUUUGGUCACUCAUUAAACUGUUAUUUGUUGCAAAUGGUAAUAGGAGUGAUAUUAAACAAUUAUUUAGAUGAAGCUCAGAGUUGUUUUGGUUAAAUUGAUUAGUCUGUUGAGAAUGUUUUCCUAUAUUUCCAACUUCCUCAGACAUUCAUAAGAGCAUCUGCUUAAACUUUCCUUCUAUAAAUUUAAGAUUAUAAAACAUCAGGAAACUGCACAGCAGUCUUCUUUUUUUCAGAAUUUUCCUUUACCAUCAAGAUCAAUGUUUGUAGGGUUAUUCAAGGAUAAUUUUCUUUAAUAGUCUUUGUCCAUCCAGAAUGUGUUUUUCUCUACAACUGUAGUUUGGGUACCUAAUUAAACCAAGAGGAAGUAUUGUUCAGGGUGUCAAGAUCUUUGUAAUUCUUUGAUUGACACAGUACAUUGAAAUCAUUGUCAGUAGCUGCUAGACAAGAAUGAAAAGGAACAGUGAUUAUGAAUGUAAUUCUACCAUACUAGUGAAUUGCUAAAUCCAGAGUUGAAGGAAGUAAUUUGGGCUUUUACUCAUUGAUUUAUUGUCUUUUACUACAAUUUUCAAAGGAGGUUUUUUUGAAAAAAAAAUUCAUUGUUAUUUGUUUUUGAUUUAUGACAGUGAUAUGUUGAAUCUCCAAGAAAAUUUGUUGCUUGUCAGACAAGUUUCUGAACUCAAUUUCAGAGCACUUCACUACAAGCGUACAAAUACAACAUCAUAAUUUCAAAAUUGAGUUUGUGCCUGGUGGCAUUCUGUUUUGUUGGGGUUAAACUUUUUAAAGCAAGAUAGAUUGAUUGUCUUUUGGGAAGAGAUUGAUCCAUUCCUAUUUGUAAAAAAUCAUUUUAACAGUAUUGAAAAUAUGCUAAAUAGAUAUACUGACUUUGGCAAUUUGUCCAUAUUUUUUCAGCCUGUAUGGAGUAUAGUUAUUUAAAUACAAAUUAUUUUUCUCACUUUUGCAGCCAAUCACCCACUACCUUGUUAAAUGGUGUUCACAACCUUAUGAAGAAAGUACUUGGGAAAUUGAGGUAAUUGGUACAGAGAAAAAUCAUAAGACUGUCUGGCUUUACAUUUAUCUGGUUGUCUUAACUGAACUGUUUGAAGUCCUGAGUUAAACAUAGCAUAGCAUAGUUACAAUUUUUUGCUCAUUGUUCAAUGUCAGGCUGAUGUUGAUGAAACAAAAAUCAAGCAGUUCCACAAACUCAAGGAACAUCCACCUAUGGCUCUAAGACAGGUAGGCUUUUUGCUCUGUGCUGUAAUGUUGGAACCCUGUCCAAUGUCAACUUGUAGUGCUCAAUAUCCCAGCCACUUGAGUUUUUGUGCAUCUACAUGUAUAUCUUGCCUUAUACUGAUGCUUGGAGAAGAGCAUAUUAGACUUCUUAGGCUUACAUUGUAAUGUUAUCUGAUUUUUAUUUACUCUUUAAGCAAACCUGUUCAAUCUUUCAUGAAGAAACAAUUUAAGAAGUGUUAUGGAAUGAAUGGGAAAAGCGCAGGAAAGAAAUGCACAAAAACUCUAAAAUUUGGGUGCUUAAACUGAUUGUAACCAGUUCUCUUAGUGGCAUUUUCCAGCCAAAAAUAAUUAAGUUAAAUAUCACAGUGGAAGUGCCUCUCUCAAGUAACAAUUUCUGCAAAAUUAUUUGUAAAGUGCCAGAUUUUUGCAUGACAGAGAGUGGAAAGCUUUCAUGAUAAACCACUUCUUAUAGGAAACCACAAUUAAUUUUUGUGUGCUUGUGGUAAGUUCUGCCAUUUUUAACCUCUUGACAUGGUCUGACCUUAAACACAAACAUCAGUCUGGUAAUGAGAUCCCUCUAAGGCUAGUGUGACAAUAUGCAGGCCUGAUAAUCUUCUUGAACAACCAGACAUGUCUUAAAAUAAAUCAGUUUGAGGUUAAAGAUGAUUUCGUACGUGGAAUAAAACCCUGAACUUUCUGUUAACCAUGGCUUAACAUGUACACUCCUUGUGUUAAUGACCCAGACUCCUAGAAGUAACCAAAUAGGGGUAUCUGUUUUUUUUUUUUUUGUUUUUUUUUUUUUUUUUUUUUUUAAUGCAGUUCCGUCCUCGCCCAUACCCACAUGAGUGGUGCAAGAUGGCUGCAUCGCCAGUGUAUAAAGAAGGAAAUACGCUACGUGACUAUCAGCUUGAAGGUGUUAAUUGGCUCACCUUUUGCUGGUGUAACAGGUACAUGAUUCUCAAUAGAUGGCAUGAAAAACUUUUUGUUCCUUUGUGGUCUGAAAUGUGGAAUUUUUUCAAGAAAUUUCAUCACAAAAGAACAGUGUCAAGUAACAGUUUAAAAAUAAAACAACUCGAGCAAUGGAAAAUAGUGCAAGAAUUCUGUGUAGUGGGGAGAGAAUUUGGUUAUCUAUUUUACCUUUGAGAAAAUCUUGUAAUGUGCAGCUUUCUCACUAGAGUUGAUUGCUUUCCUUUCCUGUUUUACAUCAAAGCAGACUGAAGUAGUUCUUUGUGCAUGGUACUUCUAUUAUGAUUUUUUACAGGCAGUGGAAAUAUAUUUAGAGUAAUUAUGUGGAAAAACAAAAGAAUUGCAGGUCAAAUGGCAUUUGGAAUUGAUUAAUUACUCUAUUGUAGACUUAAUGGAAUGGAUUCUAAUGUUUACUUGCAAAAUUCAAUGUUUGUUGACAUUUUUAUUUUAUUUUUAAACUUUUAAUUCAGGCAAAAUUCCAUUCUAGCUGAUGAGAUGGGACUUGGAAAAACUAUUCAGUCCAUUUCAUUUCUGGUUGAGAUGCAGGUAAGUUGGAAUGAUGUUUGCCUUAAAGAAUUUUUGGCUCAGGACACCUUUGCAACAAGUAUGAUACAAGAGCAAGGAAGGGUGUCUUUAAAUCUAUGUGAUCUAUUUGCAGUUUUGGUUGGUUGUUAAAAAACCAAGCCACUAGACUAGUAGUAGUUUUAAAAAGGACCAUUUAUAGUCUACAGUUGGAGUAAGUUGUUCAUAAGAAGACCCAUAAAUUGUUGUUUUUGUUUCUGUUUUUGCAGCGGUAUGGUGUCAGGGGUCCAUUCCUUGUAAUUGCACCUCUCUCUACAAUCUCCAACUGGCAAAGAGAAUUUGAGACUUGGAGUGACAUUAAUGCUGUUGUCUACCAUGGAAGGUAAGUCCUCAACAUAUAUAAGUAUUAAAAAACAUAAUUAUUUUUCAACAUAAGGUUAGAAUAUUGAAAUCGAGAAACUCAAGGAAAACUGGCUAGAUUAGAUGUUUCUGCUGCAUGCAUCACUAUACUCUAUUAAGACUGCACCUUUGAUUUACAUGUGGCCUUUUUGUAUUCUAGUGCGUCAAGCCGUCAUUUGAUUCAAGAAUAUGAAUUUUACUUCAGAGAUGAACAUGUAAGUGACCUUUGCAUACAUCACAAAAUAGUUGAGUGAGGUCUUUUUUUACGGAAUUAAGAUAGACAAAUACCCAUGUCUAUAACAUUUUAUUCAGUGAUUAGAAUGCAGUUGAUUUCUUACCCCUCACUCAUUAGCAUGUUAUCAUGAAACUGUAUGAUCUGAAGAUGUUUGUGAAAGGUGUCAUUUGAUUUUGACAGGUGUCUUAUUCAAUUGUGAAAUUUUGCAGCACUGACAUUUAUACUGUUUGAUAAUUUUUUAGGGCCAACCCAUUCCAGGAUUGUACAAAUUUGAAGCAAUGGUAACAACAUAUGAAAUAAUCAUAGGUAUGAAGAUUUUAAAUUUUUUGGUACAACCCCUUUUUAAUCAUCCCACUCAAAUAGUUUCCUUUCCUUAGGAUAAGAAAUUUGUAAGGUUUGCCAUUCCAUUCAAUCAAGCUGAGAAUUGUUUUAUGUGGAGUUUGGGAUAUAGAACUAUUUUCUGUGUGAGAAAUAGAUAUUAAUGGUAACAAUGCUGUACUCUAUUACAAUCUUUCCAUAAGCUGACAACAUGCAACUGAGUGCAGUGCCUUGGAGAUGUGUGGUUAUUGACGAGGCUCAUCGUUUGAAGAACCGUAACUGCAAACUGCUGGAAGGACUUAACAACCUCAGCAUGGUAUUAAAAAACUACUUUUUUUGUUCCUUCUUGUUUAAGGAAGUUACCAUUUGCAUACACUGUAAGCUUGUUCCCAUAUUUAAAACAGUCAAAAUGAUACAGUAUAAAACAGGGAAAGUCUGGGAAACUUUUCCAGAGGCUAGUUGAAUUGUCUUGUCACUUGCAGAAAUAACUGCUUUUGUCGAAUCUUAACAAAGGCUUGAGAGCAGUAUAGGUUGUUGACUUGAAUGGUGGUGGCUUAUCCAAAUAACUGAGAAAAGUUUGGUGAGUUCAGUGGGGUGAAGGAGAAGUCAGUCCUGUGUGGUCUUAUUGAUUGGUUUUGAUGACUAUACACUUCAUAUUGAGUAAUGAAGAGAACCUAUUUACUUAAGCCACUGCCAUCAAUGAACUGAAUGUAUAUAUUUAAACAAAAAUUGAUGUAGUUAUUUAGAGAACCUAUUUACCCAAGCCAUUGGCAUUAAUGAACUGAAUGUAUAUAUUUAAACAAAAAUUAAUGCAGUUAUUUAGACACACUGUCCUGUUUGUUUGUUUAUUUGCCUUUUUGUUGAUAGGAACACCGAAUACUACUGACGGGAACCCCUUUGCAGAACAAUGUAGAUGAGUUGUUUAGUCUUUUGAACUUCCUGGAACCAGCACAGUUUCCUUCCCAGGUUGCCUUCCUUAUGGAGUUUGGCGACCUUAAAACUGAGGCUCAGGUUGAGAAACUCAAACAGGUUCGUCAACAACUUUUAAUUUGCCAAAGGAAAAAUUUUCUUUCGAUACUGUUCUAUUAUUUGCUCUGAAUAAUGGCUUCAUGUGGUGGAGGCUUCUAUUUAAGUCAAACUGAGUAUUUAUAGCACUUUACAUUUGUCCAUGUUGUGAUCUUUUCCUGGUCUCUCUUUGGCCUUUAUUUAUUUAUUAUGAGUAGCACUGGUUGUUUUUUUGUUUUUUGUUUUUUUUGGUUUCUUUUUUGUGUGGAAACUAAAGUUUGAGCCAAGAAGUAAGAUUAAAUAAGAGCAUCCUUAUGCAUACUCUCAGGAAUGGGUAACUCAAUAUGUUUUCUGAUCACUUUUUAUUUUUUUUUUUACAUUUUCACCAGCUUCUAAAGCCAAUGAUGUUGAGAAGACUUAAAGAAGAUGUUGAGAAAAACAUUGCACCCAAAGAAGAAACCAUCAUUGAGGUGGGAUGUUUAUUUCUUCCUUUUGUGCUAUUUAUUAUUACAUUAAUCAAGAAAAGCCAGUUUUGAAAAUGUUUGUCUUUGAUUGAUUUAUACCUAUAGGUUGAACUUACCACCAUACAAAAGAAACUGUACAGGGCAAUUCUUGAGCGCAACUUUGCCUUUUUAAGCAAGGGAGCAACAUCCAGUGCAAAUGUACCAAACUUAAUGAACACCAUGAUGGAACUCCGCAAAUGCUGUAAUCACCCUUUCCUGAUCACUGGAGCUGAGGAGAAAGUGCUUGCUGAGCAUAACUUGUCAUUGGUUGAGAAGACAGUCAAGCAUGUAAAUAUCAUGAUUGACGCUUCUGGAAAGCUGGUGCUUAUUCAUAAACUUCUACCAAAACUGAAAUCCAGUGGGCAUAAAGUCUUAGUUUUUUCGCAGAUGGUUCGUUGUCUUGACAUUUUGGAAGACUAUCUUGUUCACAUGAGGUAUCCUUAUGAGAGGAUAGAUGGGCGUGUGCGAGGAAACCUGCGUCAGGCAGCUAUCGACAGGUUCAGUAAGCCUGACUCUGAUCGUUUUGUGUUCUUGUUGUGUACCCGAGCUGGAGGUUUGGGAAUCAAUCUGACAGCAGCAGAUACUGUUAUCAUUUUUGAUUCUGACUGGAAUCCCCAGAACGACAUUCAAGCUCAGGCAAGAUGUCAUCGUAUUGGGCAGAGCAAGUCUGUCAAGGUUUACAGGCUCAUUACAAGGAACUCCUAUGAGCGUGAAAUGUUCGACAGGGCAAGCAUGAAAUUGGGUCUGGAUAAAGCUGUUUUACAGUCCAUGAAUACCAAGGAGAAUGCAAGCAAUAAUGUAAGAGCCAAAGUGUUAGAGUAUUCAGUAGUAGUUAAGCACUGUAAAAGGUGUGCUAAGGGACUCUAUACAUGAAAGAACUCUAAUGUGUUUGUUAUGCUUUGAGGUCAGACUACAAUAAAUACUUUUGGUACCUCUGGCUGAUGAUGGUACCUCUGGCUGAUGAUGGUCUAACUUUAAUCCCAGUGAUUCAAGUUAAAUUUUCCAUUGUUUCAAGACUGAAUAACUGGGAGGCAUUUUAUUGAAACAAAGGAAACAAAAUAGGUUUUUGCUUUGAAUGAAGGAUGUUGUCAGGGAAUUCAGCAUUACAAAUUCUACCCUAUGUUUAUUUCAAAAUUAAAUUCAAACUAUAGCUAAGCAGGUUCUUUGUGUUCUGCAGCAAUCAUUGUCUAAAAGAGAAAUUGAAGACUUGCUGAGAAAAGGUGCCUAUGGUGCAAUCAUGGAAGAAGAAAAUGAUGACAGCUCCAAGUAAGUGUGUUCUGCAAAAGUGUCAAUUACAUAGAGAGGUUUCCUAGCAAUGCACUUACAUGUUCCUUCCUUUAAUUUUUCAAUUUUAUUUUAGAUUCUGUGAAGAAGAUAUAGACCAAAUUCUUGAACGCCGCACACAAGUUAUCCAAAUUGAGUCUCAGGGGAAGGGAUCAACUUUUGCCAAGGUAAAGAAGAGGCUUUUCUCUUCAAAAUUUUAUAAGCUGUCUUUUUUUUGUAGUUGCUAUUAUUACCCCAGCCCUAUUUUCUUGUGCACAGUCACUGAAAUUAUCAUUAUCUUGUGGAUCAUUUUGUAGGCAAGCUUUGUGUCAUCCAAGGGUGAAGAGGACAUUGACAUUGAUGAUCCUGACUUUUGGCAAAAGUGGGCUAAGAAGGCAGAACUAGACGUUGAUCUCAUGAACAAGGCAAGUCAUGAAGGCCAUAGCCAGCCUAUAUUUAACGAAGGGGAAUGUUAACUUUUUAAUGGGAAAAAAGGCCCAAUGAAGUGUGGUAAUCAAUGUUUUAUUUGUGAUUUUACAUUAUGUUGCUUUACUUAAUUUUAGAGGCCAGUUUGCAAAAUUUUCCCACCAGAAGUGUAGUAGGCUAUAUGCUUUGAGGCAUAUAGUUUUACAUAUAUAUCCUUAAAAAUUUGACUCUUUGGAUUAAAAGUACAAAAACAGUUAAUAUAGCUACCAUUUAUGUACUGACUAUAGCUUACAUUACUUUUACUUCUAGGACAAUCGUAUUAUUGAUGCACCUCGGCAAAGGAAGCAGACUAAGCGAUAUGGCAAUGAAGAUGGGGAUUUUGAACUGUCAGACUUGGACCUUGAAGAAGAUGAUGAAGCACCUUUGCCAAGGAGAUCAUCCUGGACUAGGGUAGAAUGUUUCAGAGUGGAAAAGAACUUGCUUAUUUAUGGGUAUGCAGUGGAAUUUACUCUAUGUUAGGUUCUGUCCCCAAAGAAUGCUUGAUUGAUUGAUUUGUUAUUGUUCUUAUUCAUGGUUUUUCUAGCUGGGGUCAGUGGAAAGAUAUUAUUUCUUCAGGAAGAUUCAAAACAAAGGUCUCUGAAAGAGAUGUCGAAGCCAUUUCACGCACAAUACUAGUCUACUGCCUCCACCACUACAAAGGAGAUGAGAAAGUGAAGUGCUUUAUCAGAGACCUUGUCAAAGCUUCUGUUACACGGGAAAGACUUCCUAGUGAGGAGCGAGAUGCCACCUACACACCCUUACCAUUGACUGGCAAGACAAAGACAAGGAAUAAGAAAGGAAAGAGUUCCAACAAGAACAAAAGUGCCAUUGCCCUUCUUGAAGUUGGCAGUGAGUGGCGCACAUGCGACCCAGAGAGCAUCAUAUUGGAUGAGGGUUAUAAGAAACAUUUGCAACACCACUGUAAUAAGUAAGAGAGCUUUUCAAUCAAAUGUUCAGGAAUAGACUAACCACUUAACUCCCAGGAAUGUUCAAGAAGCAAUUUACCUUUUCCAUAUCAGUGUAUUGAGAAGCAGGGAGUUGAUCAGAAAUAUGAAAAAUCUCAAGGAAACAGUUUGUAAUUUAACACAAAAUUCUUGGCUAUAACAUUAGGAGUAGUAUAUGGUAGACAAUAGAGAGAAUUUAUUUUGCGAUCUUAGAGUGACAGUGAUAUGGAGAUUUUUAUUGAAAUAGCUGUAGUUUUCUUAUUUUUUUGGUUCUUAUGGUCACUAAAGGGGCAAAGUAUUUGGUCUAAGUCUUAAUCUUGGAGUGGAGGCACUUCUAUUUACUGUUUGUUUGUGUGUCAUCUGUGCCUACUUUAAAACUUAGCCAACUGUGGUUUACAAAGAAUUUUGCUAGUUCAGUUAGUUUCAAACAUUCUGUCUUACUUGUUGUUAAGGAUUCUGCUGCGUGUCAAGCUGCUUUACUUCCUAAGACAUGAAGUGAUUGGAAAACUUGGACCAAAGAUAAAGGAGGGGUGCAAUGCAAGGUAAUGCAACUUGAAUAUCAGUCUUGAAUUUUUGAGAAUAGGAUUUUGUAAUUCUUGAAAGGAUUAAUUUUCACUUUAUCAUUGUUACUGCUUUUAUUAUAGUGCAAUGAUAUUGUCAGGACCUUGUUUGCUGAAGAUUUUUUCAUGUGUUCAGUAUAAACUGGUAACAUCCUGAUAUAUCGUGUUACAUGGCAAAAGAAGACAGAGGAGGCUUUCACCGAGGCCUUUUGAAAAAAGGAAAUAGAAUUUCACAAUAAAAUAGUUCUUAAAGAAUACCUCAAACAUUCUUUUGUUAUUUUGUAUGGGAGGACUUACAAGCCUAGAAGACCCAUUAUUAGAUGGAAUCUAUUAGAUUAGAAUAGCAGUAGCAUAUUGGAUCCUUAGUGCAGUUGAUUACUACUGUUAUUAUUUAUUUCAGUGAGUUAGACAUAACCAUUUACCCCCCUGAAGGAGAUCCUCCAGCCAAUUGGUGGGAUGAAGAGUGUGAUAAGUCACUUCUAGUGGGAGUCUACAAGUAUGGUGAGUGUGCCAAUGAGGAGCUUGCUUUUUAAACACAAACAGUGGAAGUGAACAUUGUUCAGUGUUUAGUCAUGUAAUGUUCAGUUGUUUUAAUACCUCUCCAAAUGGAAGUAAGUGGCUAUAAUUGUGGUUUAGAGUUGAAGGUAGUCAUUUGAAAACCUUCCUCUUUCUCACUGUGUUCUGUUUUCCUCCAAGGGUAUGAGCAUUACAAGACAAUUAGAGCAGAUCCUAGCUUGUGUUUUCUCUCAAGAGUUGGCCUUCCUAAUAAUAUGAAUGAAUCUAUGACUGGUGAACCUACUGAUCCAGAUGAUAGGUGAGUUCAUACUGAAUUAAAACCCGUGGCAGAAUUAUAGCUGUAUACAGAUAUUAAGUGGAAAGUAGAUGUAUAUCAUUCCUCCCCAUUUCUGGAAAAAUGUAUUCUGGCAAAUAAUUUCUCCUCACACUCUAAAUAUGAAGGAUUUAUUUGUAUACCUAAACUGAAGCAUCCUUGAAAUGAUGCAGAAACAUGUUAGACUACUGAGACACAGGAAGAAAAUUGAUCAACUGAUCAAGGAUGUUAGUUGCAAGCUGGUUUUAGCCACCAGUUUAGCAUUUACAAAGGAUUUUACGGUUCAGUAGAAAUUUUCACUUCUAACGGUAUUAAUGUCUCUCUUUGUGAAGAGAUGAGGAUGAUGGUGAUGCUAACGAUGACCCAGACUAUCAGCAACCAUCCAGUCUGUCGCAGAAAGAUGAUGACAAUGAUGAUGACGAAGAUGACAAGGUACAGUAGAUUUUCAGAGUUUGACUUCUUCAUUUUCGAUACUACAGACCUCUGGUUAGCAUGGGUCAUAGGAAUUACUUCACCUCUUAUAUUACAAGUUUCCAAAGUCUUAAAUAGCUCUUGAACACUCCAGGAACUUACUUCGACCUUAUCAGUCCUGAAUACUGAUUUACUGUAAUGUUAAUCAGAUUAUGUGGGAUUGUAGCAUCAAAACGAUUGCUUAUGCAGUAACUCUUUUAUUCCCAGAAGUGAUUAACAUUUAGCUUCUCCUUACAGUAUCGAUACAUUAUCCAGUAAACGGGUAAUGUGUAUACUUCUCAGGUAAAAGUUUUGAUCUGAUAUAACAUCAAAUACUCUUAACAAGGACAUGUGGAACAGCUGGAGGGCAAAAUUAACAAUCACAUCUUGGGAGUUGAAGGGUUAUUGAAAUGCAACGUUAUCUCUGUUACCCUGAGUUUCCAAGGUUAAAGUUAAAGGUUCAGUGUCAUAGUUAUUUAACAACUUUUCUAUUAUAUUUUAGGACACUGUGUCCGCUGUAUCUUCACCUGGCACUCCGCGUAAAGCAGACAAGACCUAUGAUGGUAGUGUAGACUUCUUGUUUAUUUUCCUACACUAUUUUUGAGAAGUACUUCCUGUUCUGAUCAUCACAUCAAGCACACAAACACAUUAUAAAUUUUACCUUUCUGCUUUUUCUUCAGCGGCUGCAGGUGAAGUUAGGGGCAGUACACGUCUACGGUGGCCGACAUCAUCUGAUUUGAACACAAGGUUGAGGAGAAUCAUUGCAGGUUAUCAGAGAGUAGUGAAAAAGCAGGAGCUGAAGAAAGCAGCAGCCGAAAAGGUGUGUGAGUACUCUUUUAAAGAAGUAAACGUACCACGGUCUUAGAUAUCUGGAGGGAAAAUGUCGGUGUGUUUAAGGUCUCGCUCUUUAGUUUGAUCGUUUUAAAUAGUGGAAGGUGAUGGAUUGUCUAUUUGUCUGACUUGAUGGUGGAUUGUUUAUUGCUUUAUAGGAACGGGAAAGAAAGGAGAGGUUUGAAGAGGCUGUCAGGCAAAAAGAAUUGAAGAAAGCUGAAAUGGCUCAAAAGUAUGUCUGUACACAAGUAUUAUUUUACCUGGAUUUAACUUAGUAAACAUGGUAGAGUUGGGGCUUGAAUUGUUGUUGCUGGAGUAGAUGACAUCCUUUACUCGCCCAUUUGGUGCACUUUUCUACGCACAAUUAUUUGAGUCUUUCCCAUUUUGUCACAUUCCUUCAUACAAAUUUUUUUGAAACUGGCAUUGCAUUGACCCCCACUUUGGCAUCUUUGUGCAAAGAUCUGAGAAAAGGUUAAUCAUGGCACCUAAUGCUGCAAGCUUAUCCUUAUUUUGAGCUCUUAGAAUUUACCCACUUCUUUUUUCUUCUCGAAGGUGGUCAAAGCGAGAAGAGGUGGACUUUUAUCGCACAGUGUCCACGUUUGGUGUGGAGUUUAAUAAGAAGGAUGGAACUUAUGACUGGUCACGAUUCAGGUAGUUUUACGUUAAGCCUACAUGAUUAGCUUCUGUAUUAGUGUUACCUAUUAGGUUGGGCUUCUGCACUACAGUCGAUGAUUAUAAUCUUUGCUGUUCACAUCCUGAACUACGUGAUGACAAGACCUUACCUACAAUGAGACUGUGGUUUCUGUAUAGUAAAAGCGUCCUCACCAACUCAUUUACUUGUUACCUGUCAGAGUUCAGCCUUCCACACUUCACUAAGUUUGACAUAUAUAGUCUGAGUUAAUAGUGUACUUGCUGCUUUUUCUUGCAGACGUUUAGCUCGUUUGGACAAGAAGAAUGACGAUAGGUUGACACAAUACUACCUUGACUUCAUGGCCAUGUGUAGAAGAGUUUGUGGCCAAGCUACAGAGGAAGAUGCUGGAAAAGGUGAGUAAAAUACUCACUGAAAUAAGCUACUGCUUGAUACACAGCUGUACGUUGACAAAGCUCAUAAGAGAGAUCGUUUUUUCCUCUGCUUUGUUUCAAGCGUGAGAACUUAUUCACAAGAGUUGUACACUGUAGGUCUUAUUGUUUAAUGUUUUUUAAAUCGAAGAAUGACCGCAUUGUAGACUUCACGCACAGCUCUUAUAUAUGUGUACCUCAUAUGGUCUCGGAGCUGUCUAAUCACACCCAAAAUUGGUAAAAGUGCGUCUUCUUGUAUCCUAUCUGAUAUUCUUAAGAAACAAAUUGGUUUUAGGUAUGCUUGUUGAAAUGUUGUGUUCACCGUAGCAUUGCUGAAGUGAUACUUAAACGUUAGGGGUUCAAACACAGUGGAACACUUUUAAUAUUUAUUGAGACUGCAACCGGAGUGAAAGUGUAUAGUCAAGGCAUGUUCUUAACGUAGAUCACUGCUUACGUUAAAGGUACAGGUGUGGAAGCUAUUUCAGAAGAACGAGCCAGUAGAAGUCUUUACAGAAUACAGCUGCUCUCAAAGAUCCGAGAAGAGGUAAGAUAUUUUCUUGUGGUAGUAUUCACUUGAAGCGUGAAAAUAGCAAACAGUACAUACUUACACACAACCAUGUUUUAGCCCGUUGAAAUUGUCAGUUAGUGUAGAGUGGGUAUAGAAAGUCAGUAUUGAAUCUCUGGUGAAUUUCUUGUGCAGGUUCUGCCUCACGAGAAGCUAGACGAACGCCUUCAGCUGGCUCAGCCUUCUUCCAGUUUCCCUGACUGGUGGCAGUGCGGCAAACACGACAAAGACUUGUUACUUGGGGUGUCAAAGUAUGUAAAGAAAUAGGGUAGUUUAGUGUUAUAUACCACCGACGCAGCACCACAGCCUCUUUAGAAACUUACCUCCUUUAUUCAUAUGUAACGAGAUAAUUAUUUUACUAGGCCUAUUUAAUUCAAUCAACUCAUUUUUCGUUUUUGUUUAUUUUGUUUUGGUGUUUUUGUUUUGCUGUUUGAGGAGGUAUACCACACCUUCCCAAAUGCGUUUUGUUAGUAUUUUUUUCUGUUAGGUUAAGUUCCUUGUUUUGACCUAAAUCAUAACCUUGUUGACAGUUCCUCUCAUAGUCAAUCUUCUAGAGAAGUAGCAAUUGCAAUUUUCAAAUAAAGUCAAACCUCAUAGGUUGUCUGAUGAGUAAGGACGGAAGUGUUCAUUUUUGAUAGGUAGUUCUUCUGUUGAUGUGAAGGUCAUUUGUCGUUGUCUUUCUGAACUGAGAUUUGACUUCGUCAUGUUUGUAGACAUGGGAUCAGUAGAACAGAUUUUAAUCUGCUGAGUGAUGCUGAACUGUCAUUUAUGGAAGUUAUUUCCAAGUUACCUUCAAAUCCCGGAGGCCUACUCGUGAACAAAGGUACAGGUUUGCAAACUAAGUAAUAUGAUCCUUUCCGUCGCUGAAUAUGUGAAGGUACAUCCUUUUUUCCCCUCUUUACCUGUUUUCUUUCUUCCAAUUUUCCUCUUUUUUUUCCCCUUAUACCAGUGGUAGUCAUUUUUCCAGUGUUUAUUGGCUGCUUGUCACCCACAUUUGAUAACUACUAGUUGCAUAAAGAAAUUUUAUUCACGUCGUUCUCUCUUUCUAGUUCCUGGAGAUGAGAAAACACCAUCUCCAGCAGGAGGCAUGAAGACAGAAUCUUCACUUCCAUUUGAUCGCCUCUCACCUCUCGAAAAUGAUCUAGGGGAUGGACAAGGUGACCAGCCAAUGAAAAGCUUGUCUCAGCAGCUACCUGAUUAUGGAACACCAUCCGAAGAAGUGCUGUCAUCACCCAGCGAGAAGAUGCCUAAACCUCCUCCCCCCGAAUCAACAGCACUAAGCUCGCCUUCAGUGAAACCUGACCCAGACGCUUCAGUGGCUAUGUCCUACGGGUCAGUAUCCUCUGACCAAGAUUCAGCAGUUCUUGCUCAGGGGCAGAGAAUUGUCAAAGACGCUGCACCAUCAUUAGUUGUGGAACCUAAAAUUGAGGACAUGGAGGAGUCCAGCAGGCAGAACACCCCUACUCCUUCUCAACUAAAUCCAGGGGCAGGCCAAGAUGAGGAGUCACAACUGAGCUUCAACCAAGACAACCAGUCCAGCGACACCUCCCUUUUCUCUGUUAGGUGGCCUAAGGUCAGUGGAGCUGGUAAUUAGUUAGGGAACUAGAACACAGGCAUUUCUUUAACGAACAGCGACCGAUGGAAGAAUUCAAUUUCUUCUUGGGUGCUCUGACAUUGGAUAAUCUAGUUGAACGCCCUUUUUUUGCGUGUUUUAAUCCAACAAUGACAUGCUUGAGAGUGGUUGCAAGUGCAGAGAAGAAAACUCUUAAUUUCGAGCUGCCGUCCCCGCCACAGAAGUGUCUGGCGUUUCUAUAAGUUUAUGCAUUUUACCCGCUCUCGAUGUGCUCGGCCAAUUUAAGUAUACUCCAAUUUGUACUGAGUUCACUAUGCUUUUCUUGCAACAGGACAAAGUCGUUAUCCAGCGUCUGGAUCAGCUCUGUGAGUGUGUGUUGAAAGGCGAAUGGCCUAUUGUAAGUAAAGUGGCAGACGCCUUACUUCAGAAUCAGUUGGCAGCAAAUUCACCUAUGUCUGCAGGGUACCCGGGUAUAGCAGAUGUUGAUAUGGCUUCAUUGCCACCUGGGUUUGCUGUUGGUGAGGAUGGAGUGCCAGAAGACCCCUCCAAAGCAUUUAAACUUAAGAGGGUUAGUUCAAACUAGCAUUUAGAGUUAAUUAGUAAAGACCUUAUGUUUUAUCUAGUAUCAGUGAAUCAUAAUACGUUUCACACUUUGUCAACUCGAACGUCUAUAUUUUGCUGAGGAAAGCACGAAAACCAGUAACACCUUCUCUACCUGUGUUGUUCUGUCAGCUUGAUGGCUUAAAGCUUACCUUCAAGAAGAACAGAAGAAAAAGGAAAAGAGAUGCAGGUUUGUUUACAAAAUUGCAGCUUUUGUUGUUGUUGUUGUUUCUGUUUUUGGUGUUUUCUUGAUCCCGUCCGAGAAGGUAAAAAUGGUUGGCUGUACGUGUCUGGUCGCCAUAGCAUGUUUAUAACAUCAGUAUAGGUGUUGAAUUCUACGGAGUGACCUGUGUUUGAAAGAGUGACUUGAAUUUUUCAUUUAGUCUUGACUUGGCACAACAUUGUGAUAGUUAAUCAAGGUGUAAUGUUGGCUAAUCUUCCAGUUUCAAGCUGGCAUUUAAUAGAUAAUUUACCAACUUAGUAAGAUGAAGAGGAUUCGGUAAAGUUUGUUAAAAGUUGGAAAAAAAUUUGAAAAGCUUAAUUUUGGCAUAACUUGAGAGCAGUGUGCUUUGCAAUAUUUGCCUUAAGGGUCCUCGUACUUACGGUUGUUCUUGCGUUGCAGAGAUGAGUGAAGGCCUCGGAGAGGAUGGAGGACCAGGUCUUCCGGAGCCAGGUACGAAUUUAUUAACCUCUUCGCUUCGAAAACGCGAUUAAAAGUUUAGGAAAACUAGAAGUGGGUGCGUCGACAGUAAACUUGACUGAAAUCUGUGUCCCUUAAAAAGCACUCUGAAAGAAAAAAGCGCGGGAGUGUAAAACUGGACUUCAAGCUUUUAAUAUAACACAGUAAAUUAUGCCUCCUUAGCCUAAAUCGAUCCUUUUUAAAAAGAAAAAAAAAUCAAUAUACAACUACACCUUAGUCCCCGAAAUGACACUGGUUAACCGUGUGCGUUCCUCUUUCAGUAAAAAGAAUAAGUCUCCUACUUGAAUCUUAUAUUCUGUCUGGAAUGUUAAGGUUAUAGAAAAAUGCCCGCUCAAGUUCACGAUGGGGAAUGGAACGAAGGCAUGAUGAACUUGGAGGCCCAAGGCCACGACUUCAGGUGGGAUGCCGCUCCUAUUGGUGUGAAACCUCCCAGGAAAAAGAGGGCUUCCAAGAAAGAAAAAGGAGAGAAGCCCGAAAAGCCACCUGGGAAAAAACGAGGGAGGAAACCUAAAACCGAUAAGCUCGGAUCUGCGGGCAGAUUGGCCGACACUGGUGGUGUAGCAAUCCCACCUGAAGGCGCUGCCCUAGAGUGGACUGGGUUCUCUCUCUCGGGUAGAGUGGAAGGAGACAUCAACCGAGUGUCUGUGAUAGAGGAAACCAAUGCUGGCCACGGGAGAACUGCUCUUCCAAAAUCACCCCAUGAAAGUGGAGCCAAACCUGCCUUCUCGACUUUUGCCGAAGAGGUAUGUUUUUGAUAAACUUGAAUGAGUAAAUUUCAUAGCUACCUUUUUGGGUGAAGUUAACUCAGUGACGUCGUGGUUAGAAAACUGAUGUCUGCACUUUUUCAGGAUUAUUUAAAAGGAAGUUUAGUCGAUCAGAGAUGAGACUCGUGCAGGAUGCAGAAAUUUUGAAAUAGAACGGUUUUUUUUUAUUUAUAGUACAAGAACUCGUCGGGUUUAGAAAGUGACUCUCUUGGCACAAGCGGACAGGACGAUACCGUCACCGUUAUUGACAGAGAUACAGGACGAAAGGUUUGUGUAUUUCAGUGUUUGGUCAGACCAUUGCUUUCUUGUUGGGUGACAGAGGAAUCUUCGAUUCUACUUUAGUAUUUUUUUUUUGUUUGUUUGUCUGUUUGUUUCAUGCUUUCUUGUACGUUUUAGUUGGUAGGAAAUGUAGCGCCAAAGCUGUCGAACCUUGUGGAGUGGUUGCAGCUCAAUACCAGUUACGACGUUGCUGAAGAGUCUGCAGCAUUUGUACGUAGCAAGGUAAGCUUAUCUCGGGAAAGAAAUAAUAGUGAUAAAACGUUGAAAACUAGUCUAAUGAGCAAAUUGUUCCAGGAAGCUCGCUCCAUCCUCUCGGCCAAUCUGAUCCAAGAUAAGAGGCAGUCACCCCCUGGUCAUUGGCAUUUUCUCCCGCUCUAAGUCUGUUGGGUGUAUUUGGUGAAUAAACCCUUUCGGAGCGGCUGGUAUGUCGGCUGAUAAUAUCCGCGGCUUAGAUAUUGUCCGAUGAUUUAUUAUUUGGCCGAGAAGCGAAGCUACCUGGGCAAAUUUACAAUUUUGAGGACAAUCUCUUAGCCAAGGACAUUAUCAGCUGACAAAGCAGCUAGUCAGAAGGGGGUUUAUUUAUUUUAUAGCCCUCACAUUCAUUUUCAUAUCGCGCGUUGACUGCCAAUAUAAUAUCCAGAGCAGCAUUUAACUCUACGAAAGGAGUUUGUUUUUCUUACAUGUAAAGUAAAACGUGAAACUCUUGAGCUGGCUUUGUUUGUUUUCGACGGAAAUAAUCCUACGACUAAUAUCGACGUUAAUGGAAGGGUUAUUGCGUGAUAACUUUUUGGCGAUUUUGCCUCACGUGAUGUAAAGUAGCCAAUAAAAUCGCGAAUGGUGGGUUAUACUUACAAAUCCCUGUACACUAUGAUAUCAGUAUGCAUAUCCUCUAUACUUUUUUCUAUACAAUUAACUUUGGUUUUGGUUUAACGACACUCCAUCGAAAAGCGCUCUGUCCAUAGCUUAAUGAUUAUGUGGGCGAUCAACUUGGUAUUUGAUUCCAGUAGCGGAUCAUACAAAUUAAGUUUUGGCUGCGAGUUAGAGUAUGUCCUAUUAACCAGCUAAGGAGUUGAGGUGGAAAAGAAGAAACUUAAAUAUGACAAAAUGACGCUAGUGGUGAAAUAAGCAAACAGCUGCUAGUGAAUAUAUUUUUCUCUUCCAUUUCUUCGUUUAUAUAUUUAAAGACUGACAAGUGUUGCUUAUGGUUUAUUUCAGGGUAUUCUACCUUCAUCUCUGCUAAACAGAUUGUCCCCCGAUAAGAAGUCUAAGCCUACCACACCCAAAGCAUCUGGAGCGCAAUCGUCACAUCACUUACCUGGAUCCUACAAUGACAUGAACUACGGUGCUUCGAUGCCUAAAUCUCAGUUUGAUUCAUCUUCGUCAACGUCUUUGACCUCAACAGCCAAAUCGGACUCUCACAACGAACCUGCCCGGGCUGCAUUUCCUUACGACUCUUCCCACUUUGGAAACUUUUCGCAUGCUAUGCCGUUUGGCCCAUUCGGUCACAUGUCGCCUUACUACGCUUCUUAUGGGAUGGGUAUGGCGCCAAAUUCUCAAGGAAGCACUGCGUUUGGUGGCGACAGUGCUGUGUCGAAGCCUGCGCAGUCUCCAGUUAGUCCGAGUCGUUCGUCUGCGCAUGUCGCUUUUAAUAACUCAUCAUACUCGUCACUUUACGCAGGACAACAGCUUGGAAGUGGAACACAGGGAUACCCAUCUAAUGCUUUUUCGUAUCAACUUUUGAACAAUGGUAAUCAUCCUACGGCAUCUUCGCUGUCGCCAAAGGGAGAUUUACUAGCUGACAAUGCAAGCCACGGUUCUUCCAGUAUGGGGAGCGACGUCUCCUCGCAAAGCAGCCCAGAGCAUGACUGAUUUAAGUGCGUUAUUUUAUCUGGGGAGGUUUUUGCAGCUUUUAAACAUAUCGCAAGGCUAUGCCAACGGUUAGACUACUAUGAAUUAAAGCCUAACCUUAAUAGUAACUUCAGGUGUUUCUUAAAUUGCUUUAAAUGGUUGUGAUAAUAAGUAUAGGGAAGGCCUUUGUAUCGUUUAUUGUAGCAUAAGAAUUUGUAGCUAUUAAUGAGCGGUAAAUAAGUUGUCAUUAUGCAAAUUCAGCUGGACUUUUUCUGGUAACUUGGAGCGUUUUACACUCAAAUAAUGUACGUGAAUUUGCUUUGUGGUGUGAAAAUUAGGCUUAAAUCUAAUCGACAGGGAAAAGUCAAGAACUGAUCAAUGUUCGUUGCACAGCUGAAAGUUCGCAACUAUUGCUUGGAGACCGUCACAGCCGAAUUUACUGUAAAGAAAACACCUUGAAAUAAUACUUUAUCUUCACUACAUUCGUAAUUCGCUUUUCUUUUCUUUUUUGUUUGAUCUUUUGUGAGAAAGCGAGAGAGGUAGAGUUUGUUAAUCAUAUAAUUAUUCUUAUAUACAUAUGCAUGAUUUAUAGAAAUAUAUAGUAUACAAUCUUGCUACGCCUUUAGGCAUAUUGUACAUUUGAAUUGACCUAAGCAAAACAUCGGACGGUAAUUUUUAUAACAGCAGUCCUCUCUUCGUAAAAAACCGGAUAUCAGCUUUUUGGUCUCCUUAUCUACAGUGAAAGAAGAAAAAAAAAUUAUGGAAACCACUCGGAUACUGCAAUUGGUGAAAGAUUAAUAUAUUGUGUGGCCGACCUGGUAUUUAUUUUGUGAUCAGAAUAAGUGCGCAACUUCUGUGCGUCUUUUUGUACUUUUUAUGGCCAACUUUACUCUUUUGUGGCUGACUAACUGUAAAAUGGAAUUCAAUCAAAUCAAGAAACUACCUCAGAGAACAGAAACUUAUUUAUUUUCACGAAUCAACUUAGAACUGUCUAGUAGAUGCUCUAAAUUCGUAUCUAAGUCCGGAAAUUGCCCAGUUGACUGCUUAGUGUUUUUGGUUUUCUUUUGGUUUUCUUUUUGGUUUUCUUUUUGGUUUUCUUUUUUGCCACUAAAUAUACCAAGGCCUGCGAUCUAAAUGCAAGAGAAAGUUAAUACUUUAUAUUCUUGGUUAGAGCCUUUUCAGGGCAGUGUUGAAACCAAUGUGGUGUGAAUUGGCUUCGCUGUUCGAUGUACUGAACGCCUUCUUGAAAAUCAAAAUUAUGUGUUUGAAUGAGUUUAUUGCCUAGUUUAGUUUUUUUUUUGCCUUGUGUAAUCUUUUUUCCAUGGAACGGAGAGUGUUCCGGCUAUGGAAAGUUUUAAGGAAUGAUUUUUGUUAACUCACGCAGUAAGGUAAAGGAAAUAGAGAGCUCCUUCUCUAGAUGUUACAAUCAUUGUAGGACGUUAGCAUAGUAACGGUCUUUGUGGAAAGGGCGUGCUUGUAAAUGUUGUCUAGUUUUGAGUGGUUUUGAGGGUCGCCACCUCAGAACCUUGAUGACCCUGGACUGAUCAAGUUGUUUGGACCAGCAAAAUGAAAGCUGUUCUAACCUUUGUCUGUGUGAAUAUUCUAGUGGCUUUUAAAUGAAUCUUGAACUGACUGAGUUAAUUUUGAUAUAAACUUGUCUGUAUUUAAUGGACUGUAUUUAUUAAUUUGAAUGAAAUUUUUACAAAUAUUUUUAAUAAAUCUCUGCUGCUCUGGUGUCUCUUAACAGUCCUGACUCAAAGUGGC